AAGCGAGCUGUCAAAUUUUUGCUGAAGGAAAAAUAGCGUCCGUCUUUUGUGGCAUUAGUACGAAGCAUUUUUCAAUCUUUUGCGCAAACAGCACACCAGCUCUCGGACCUGCAGACGCCGAUCGUGCUUGGAAAAUCAAAAUGGCGCUGCCUGCCAACUAUAAACACAACAUACCGGGUCCGCCGAUGCCCCCGCAACGUUUGCGGCCGUCGGGCUCGGCCGCCGACCGGAAGGACAACUCGAGCCCGUUCAUGCACAACCCGCACGGCAAUCCGGCGUUCAACCCGCAGAAGAUGGGCAAGGCAUCGGCGGCGUCCGAGUCGAAGAUGAUCAAACCGCCCAAGCCGCCGGAGAAGCCGCUGAUGCCGUACAUGCGCUACUCGCGCAAAGUGUGGGACUCGAUCAAAGCGUCCAACUCGGAUCUGAAGCUGUGGGAGGUGGGCAAGAUCAUCGGGCAGCAGUGGCGCCUGCUGCCCGAAUCGGAGAAGGAGGAGUACAUCGCCGAGUACGAGCUGGAGAAGGCGGAGCACGAGAAGAAUAUGAAGGCGUACCACAACUCGCCGGCCUACCUGGCCUACUUGACGGCACGCAACAAGGUGAAGCCGGGCGAUGGCGAUGGGCACGAGCCGUCGUCGCGCUCGAGCUCGAAGGGUGGCCAGGCGGACCGGCGGAUCGACAUUCAGCCGGCCGAGGACGAGGACGACCCGGACGAUGGGUACUCGUUCAAGCACGUAGCGUAUGCGCGCUUUUCGCGCAACCAUCGGUUGAUAAACGAAAUCUUCUCCGAUGCCGUCGUGCCGGACGUCCGUUCGGUGGUGACCACGCAGCGUAUGCACGUGCUGAAGCGCCAGGUGCAGUCGCUCACGAUGCACCAGAUGAAGCUGCAGCACGAGCUGCAGCUGAUCGAGGAGAAGUUUGAAACGCGCAAGCGGAAGUUCGUCGAGUCGAGCGAAACGUUUCAGGACGAGCUGAAAAAGCACUGCAAACCGGCAGUGGACGAGGAAACGUUCGGUAAGAUGGUCGACCGGCAGUACGAGAUGAUGAAGCGCGACCGUCUGCGUGCGCUGGAGGAAGCACAGAAGCCCCCAGCCCCGGUGCCGACACCUGCACCCGCCCAGCAACCCGCAGCGGGUCCGCCGAAACCGGAAUCGGAAGCAGCGCCAGAUCAAGCUGCGACCGCGAGCGAAUCAUCCACGGACGGUGGUGCACCGACCGGUCCAACAACAGAAGCCAAUGAAGCUGCUUCUUCUGCCGUUGCCACCCCCCGGGAUCGGUCUCCACCGGCAGCGGCCACUUCGGACGAAUCUCAAGGCUCACAGGACUCCACGACUGGCGGUCCUCCGCAACCGUCGGUCGAAAAGAUGGACACGGCCGAGGACCCGAAACCGGACGCUAAGGACGAUAAAGUGGUAGCGACCGCACCGAAAGCAUCGCCCGAAGUGGUCAAAGAACCGGUUGCACCGGCUGUCUCGAAUCAGCCCCCGGUCGUUCCGGACCAGCAAGUUCCAGCCUCGGUUCCGCCAGCCGGUCCAGUUCCAGCUUCCGCUCAGGCAGCAAUUCCGCCGCCUGCACCCAUCGUUCCCACGCCCCCAUCGUCGGAACCGAAAGCGGAAGUUCCCCCGACCUCGACCGUACACCACACCGGUCCCGCUCAGCCACCACAACCCGGCACGCACCAUACCGUAGUCCACGGCGGGUAUCCUCCCCAUGCCGCACCGGUACCCUCUGCGCCUGCCAUACCGCCACCGCAUCAAGCGUCGGUUGUGCCCACGCCGCCACCGCCCUCCCACACACCCGAGGCGCAAGUUCCACCGCCGAACGUGACCGUACCGCACCACCAGCCACCACCGCAUCCUCCCCCGCAUCAUAUGCCUCCACACAUGCAGCCCCACCCUGGUAUGCCCGGCCACGGACCCUCGUUCCCGGGCUAUCCGCAUGCCGGUUCGCCACGCGCACCGUACUACCUUUCCUCGUACGGGGGGCACCCGCAACCGUACGGCCAGUACGGACACUAUCCGUACCAUCAACAGUAUGCACCGCCACCACCACCCCCGGGCAGCUACGUCCGCCCACCGGGCGGACCACCAGGGCCGAUGGGACACUACGGUGAGGUACAUCCGCACCCGGACGCACACCACGGUUACGGUCCACCGCCCCCGACGGCAGGUGGAUCGGUUCCUCCCGGCGGUAUGCCACCCGGACCGGGGGGUCCACCGCCUACUAUGGUCACAGCAACGGCUACAGUGACGCCGCCGACCGGGGUUCCGUCCGUGUCGCAACCGGAACCGGGCGAGAUUGAGCCGGAAAAGGCCCCGGCGGCCGCUGCCGCUGCAACGCCCGCUGCAACUACUCCGGCAUCGAAGAAACGCAAGAAGGGCGGCGCUGCGGCAGCCGCCAAACACGACGAUGCCGAGAAGAAGGACGACUGAUGGAUGCGCCACUCGCGCCCGUCGUAAUUUCAUGCUUAAUGGAUAAGAAUUUGCACUAUUUGCAUUCGCUAUAUGAUGUAGUUUUAACGUGGAGACGUUUAAUUCAAUAAACCAACCUUAUUAUGGCUCUAAAAA